CUGCUUUUAAAUGAGUACCUGUGUUUGACUCACCUCUGUCGACUCACCGUGAGUGUGUGUGCGUGUGUUAUCUGCAGGGGUCUCUCUCUCUCUCUCUCUCGCUCACUCGCUCACACACACACACACACUCCCGUUACUUGCGGGCGCGCGAGCUAAUAUUCGUCUCUUUACCUGAGCUCACCUGAGCUGAGCGGACUCACCUGUCCCGACGUCCAAACACUUUCUGUUCCUCUCGCUGCUGGUUUUUUUUUUUAUUCGACACUGGAAAGGAGGGAGAAGAGACGACAAGGUGUGUUUGAGUGAGAAAGAGAAGGAGAGGAAAGGUGCGCGGAGGGAGGGAGGAGAAGACACCUUCUCGUUUACCGUUGGAGUUUCCUGCUUUUCCAACUUUUUCUGCUUCUCCUCAAAACCCUUGUCCGAAGCCCCUGGUGGUCGGGAUCGAACAUGCCGCGGGCCUUUCUGGUGAAAAAGGCGAACGUUUCGCCGGGGAAGCGGAACUGGAGCGAGCUGCCCGAUCAUGAACGAGGAGACGUUUAUAUCCCAGUCUCCAUCUUCCCUUCGUCCUGCCUGAUGGAGGCUGAGGCCAGCCCCGCUGAAACGACGCCGCUCUGCCUCACCAAACGCUCUGUAUCCGACGCACGGACGCACGCCGAGCUGCCGUCCAGCACGGUGCUGGGACGGCCGCGAAGCCCCGAUGCUUCUCUGGGCGGGAGGUCGGAGGUCAGGAGGAGGUCGCUGGGCAGCUCCACGUACGUCCGAUCCAAAAUCAAGGUGACCACGGGCGAGUUACCCCCCAGCCCCACCACUUUACCUCUCUCUCUUCCACCCAUUCCCACCACCCCCCCACUGACCCCACCUGCCACCGUGAUGCCCGUUGCCCUGACAACCACCCCUACCCAGCUGGAGGUGGUCCCCAUGGUAACCAGAUCCACAGGUCAAAGUGCGGCGACGGCGAAAACGGGGUUGUUCGUGUGUCAGGUUUGUCAGAAGUCCUUCCAGUACCAGCGGAUGUUAAACAGACACGUCAAGUGUCACAACGAGACCAAGAGACACAUCUGCACCUUCUGCGGCAAAGGCUUCAACGACACCUUCGACCUCAAGAGACACGUUCGCACACACACAGGCGUCCGCCCGUACAAGUGCAGCCUGUGCGACAAGGCCUUCACCCAGCGCUGCUCCCUGGAGUCGCACAUGAAGAAGAUCCACAGCGUCACCCUCAAGUACGCCUACAAGGAGCGGCGCAACAAGCUGUACGUGUGCGAGGAGUGCGGCCACACGGCGGGGACGCAGGACGAGCUGGGCAUCCACCUCCACUCGCUCCACCCCGACAGCCCCCUGCUGAAGGGGAAGGCUGCCAGGAGAGCGGGAGGAGAGAGGGCGGGGAAAGAGGACGGGUCGGUCGGAGGGUCCAUGCCAGGUUCUCCCCAAGGAGCCGAUAGCGAUGAUACCACCGGGUCUGCGGGGCCGUAGAGCGGAGGAGGGGGUGGUCUGCAGAAUAAGCUCAGGGGGGGGAUGAAGGAUGGAUGAUGGACAAGAAAGGUGGACGACAAGUCAUAUACCACCGUAUACCACCAUUAGAAUACAUGUAUAUAUUAUGUGUGUGUGUAUAUUUAUGAAAGUGUGUGUGUAUGGAUUGUGGGAAUCUGUAUAUGACUCAUGUUAAACAAGGUCAAGUCAGACUUUGACUCAUCGUUCAUAUUUUUACAGUUCAUGGGGGUUUUGUUGUGGAAAAGAGUAUUUACACAUCUGACAAUAUAUUUUUCUGCCUUUGUAUCAUGUGCAUAUUUCCUGUGGGCUCUUCUGUACAGUAUGAAAUGUGAGUUUUUCUACUCAAAAAGCUGAAAGCAUUAUAUUAAAGGGAGUAAUAUAUGAA